GCCCCGUGCCCACCCCAUCGCUGCCCCCGCGGGCGGCGUCCUCUUGAGUGGUGUUGUAAGAGCCGUGCUAAUGUGUAUAACCCUCCUCAGUUUUUCUUUUCUCCCCUUAACAUUCGUUCCCCCCUCACUGUGUCAGUCACAACACGCCGCUCCUGAAUCUCCCAGCUGGUCUUGACUUGUUGAAUUUAUUUUAUGCUUUCACUCUUCUUUAAUAAAUACAUUACUUGCAAGCAGUGAAUUGAAAACAAAGCAAAAGAAAAACGACCAUUAGUGAUUGGACAGUUUCUUACUUUGUGUUACAUUUAACUGUUCUUUUGACAGCCCAGUUUUUAAAGCCAGGUUCGUAUGGAAAUGCUUUCACUCCACUUGCACUGCUUUUGGACAUAGCAUCCCGCUCCAUCUGUCCGUUUCUUUUGGUGCCUUCCUAACCGUGCAGUCAGCACAAUGUCUCAUCUCCGCUCCGCAGAGGAGCCUCGUGUCGUUACAGCGCGGGACGCGGCGGUGCCCCACGCAGCCCCAAUUAAAGCCGGCGCUUAAUUGCCGCCGCGGUGCUUCUCCACCCACCCCCAGACGGCUUUUUCCUCGGGAAGAUGAGACAUUAUGCUUAUUGUUCCCCUCCAUGCACUAAUGGUUCCUCGCUGUUAAUUACUGCUAGGCCUGUUUCAUUCUAACAUCUUAGUGUUUUUGUUAGUUUCCAUGUGAGAUGCAUCACCCAGUCUGUGCUUGAGCUCAUUUUAUUUAAUCGAAUUAUUAUUAUUAUUUUUUUUUUUUUUUUACUAACCUCACUGUUUUUUCAGUUGAAUAUUGGCUGCAUGCUAGUUUAUAUAUAUAUAUACAUAUAUAAAACCCAAUCAAGUGUAGCCUGGAUUUUGCUCUGAUUGCGUUUUGGUUCCUAGUGGUGGGGCAGUCCUGCACUGACAGCUUUCUCGGUUCUCUAAAUCCUGACACGCGAACAAAGCGACUAAACUCCUCGUAGAUCUCCUGCACAAACUCUUAAGCGGUGCUGUCUAGGUGAUGGAUACGAUUGUCUCAGUAGCUUGAUUUUAUGCUUUUUACUGUCAAUUUUUAUCGGUACACUUUUUCUCCCCCAUUGCUUUCUAUUUUUUUUGGUUGUUGUGGUUGUUUUCCUUUAACCGUGACGCACAAACGUUGCCCAGCACACCAUCAGAACGCGGCCCCCCCGGCCCCUGGAACAAUUCCAGCCAGCAAUUUUUGCCAUUGGUCUCUCCCUUUCCUCGGGCACUCGUUGCCUUCUCAGUAGCAUUUUUUUGCAUGCGUAUCUAUGUAGAAAAUCUCUCGUUCAUCACAUGUUUCAGUGGCGGCGGGAAGGGAAGAAUAUAUUAUUGGAAGAUUUUUGGUUUGUUCUCUCUGUUCUGUCUGUCAGGAUAAUAUCGGACACCGCUUACUCCAGAAACAUGGCUGGAAGCUGGGCCAGGGCUUGGGCAAGUCGCUGCAGGCGUUAUGAUCCUGGACUUGUUGUGGUGAUGGUAAACUUAGCAGUGGGAGGACCGAUCCCAUCCCAAUUGUCGUCAAGUACGAUGUCAUGGGCAUGGGCCGCAUGGAGAUGGAGCUCGACUACGCCGAAGAUGCCACUGAGCGGAGGCGUGUACUGGAGGUGGAGAAAGAAGACACCGAGGAGCUGAGACAGAAAUACAAGGAUUACGUGGAUAAGGAGAAGGCGAUCGCCAAGGCUUUGGAAGACCUCCGAGCCAACUUCUACUGUGAGCUCUGUGACAAGCAGUACCAGAAGCACCAGGAGUUUGACAACCACAUCAACUCGUACGAUCACGCCCACAAGCAGAGGUUGAAAGAUCUCAAGCAAAGGGAGUUCGCUCGUAACGUGUCCUCGAGGUCACGGAAGGAUGAGAGGAAGCAGGAGAGGGCCCUGCGGCGUCUGCACGAGCUGGCUGAGCAGCGGAGGCAGCCCGAGUGCGCCCCGGGAAGCGGCCCCAUGUUCAGAACCACCACUGUGGCUGUGGACGAGGAAGGUGGGGACGACGACGACGCUGCGGCCAACAGCAGCUCGUUCACGCAGGCGUCGGGCCCGGGCGGGGAGGUGGGCGCGGACAGGGGUUUCCUGAACGUGGGGCAGGGCGGUGGCAGCGCCGUGCCGGGCCAGGCGCCCCUGCAGGCAGCCCAAGCCAUCAGCUUUGGCAUUAAGGGCGCGCUGGGAACCCCGCUGCAGAAGAUCGGCGUGUCGUUCUCCUUUGCCAAGAAGACUCCGGUGAAGCUGGAGACCAUCGCUUCGGUUUUCAAGGACCACGUGGAUGAGUCGAGCUCUGCAGACGGGGCGAAAGCUGAUGAGAAAGGGUCCUCGGAGGCAGGGGGGCUGCAGAAAGCCGCAGAGGGCGAAAGCACAAACAGUUCUGACAGCAAGGCGGAGGACGACGACCACGACAAGGACAGCGGGUCUCUGGCCACCACGCUGUCUAAACUGAAAAAGAUGAGGCGAGAGGACGGACCGACGGCGGUUGAACCGGAGUACUACCAUUAUAUCCCCCCGGCCCACUGUAAAGUGAAGCCCAACUUCCAGUUCCUGCUUUUCAUGAAGUCCACAGAACAAACGGAAGCUGAAAACGUGAACAAAAAAACCGCAAAUGAAGUCAGAAAGGGAAAUUCCCCCAAACCCAAACCCGGCAAGCACGUGGAGAAGGCGGCGGAGAGCGCAGCGCAGGCGAAGGAGCAGAGCGCGCCUGAAAGCGGCGCUGAGCGGGGCCAGGCGGAGCAGGAGGAAGGCCCAGAAGAUGGGAGCGCGCAGGAGAGCAAGGGCCCGGCAGAGAGCGGCCUGCCCCAGCCCGGAGUGCCCGGCACCGCCGCCCAGCCUGCCCCGGGCUGUAAGGACGGCCCGGAGGGGCCCAGGCCUCCAACGGGGCCCUUCAUUCCGGUGCUGAGUAAGGACGAGAGCACCACUCUGCAGUGGCCUUCGGAGCUCCUCAUAUUCACCAAAGCGGAGCCGUCCGUUUCCUACAGCUGCAAUCCUCUGUACUUCGAUUUCAAGCUCUCUCGCAACAAAGACGCGAAAGGUAAAGGGGCCGAGAAGGCCAAGGAGCCGGGCGGGCAGUGCAGGGAGAACGUCCAGAGCGCAGAGUGCGGGGAGGUGAGCAAAGCCAGGGAGACGGAGAGCGUCACCGACAGCGCCGCGGGAACGGAGAGCGGGACGCCGCAGCACGGCAAGCAGGAGGGCGGGCUGCGGGGCGACGAGAGCGGGAGGAGCGGAACCGGCCGGGGUAAAGCCGGCAAAUCCCACAAGCACAAGAAGAAAAAGAAGCACAAAAAGUCCAGCAGGCACAAACGCAAACACAAGGAGGAAGCCGAGGAAAAGAGCCGCAAAAGCGACCCGGGCGAGGAGAAACCCCGGAAACGGAGACGGCGCCGGCACAAAAAGGUGAAAUCUUCUCUGUCUACCGAGUCGGAGCGGGCGCUGAGGGCGGAGCUGUCCGAGGAGUGCGGCCACUUCCAGAAGAAGAAGCGCUGCUCGCAGGAGGCGCAGAGGAAGUCGCUGUCGGCGGAGGAGGGCAGCAGCGGGAGGAAGGAGGACGGCGGCUCCUCGUGCCCCGAGCGCGGCCCCAAGAAGCGCAGGGCUGCGCGCAGGCGGUGCCCGGGGCCGCGCCGCGGCCGGCGGAGCAGCGGGGACGAGGACGACAGCGACGAGGGCUCUGGCGGGAAGCGCUCGCAGUACAGCGACGACUACGGCUCGGGCAGCGAGCGCUCGCAGAGCCGCUCCGCGUCGGGGCGCGGGCACUCGUCGCGGCGGUCCUACUCCAGCAGCUCCGACGCUUCGUCCGACCGCAGCCGCUACAGCCGCCGCAGGAGCUACUCCGACAGCUACAGCGACUACAGCGAGCGCUCGCGGUGCUCCAAGCGCUCGCAGGACUCGGAGGACGACUCCGACUACAACAGGUCCAAGCGGCGCAAGUACUCCUCCUCGGAAGACUACAGCUCCAGCAGGAGCCGGUCCAGGAGCCGGAGCAGGAGGUCGAGGACGCGCAGCCGGGGCCGGACACGGAGCAGCAGCUGCAGCCGCAGCCGCAGCAAGAGGAGGAGCCGCAGCGUGACGGGGCGCAGCUGGAAGCGCAGCCGCAGCUACAGCCGCGGGCGCAGCACCCGGAGCCACUCGCAGCGGUCGCUGUCCAGGAAGGGCUCCCGCGGCCACGAGAGCCCCGAGGAGAGGAGGUCGGGGAGGAGAGACUUCAUCAGGUCCAAGAUCUACCGCUCGCAGUCCCCGCACUACUUCCGAGCGGCGCGGGGCGAGGCGGCCGUGAAGAAAGAGGACGGCAAAGGGGAGGAGCCCAGGGGCUCCCAGAACAGCGGCUCGGGCGCCGGCCGCGCCUCGGAGGGCGACUGCAGCCCCGAGGAGAGGAACUCGGUCACCGCGAAGCUGCUCCUGGAGAAGGUCCAGUCCCGGAAGGUGGAGAAGAAGCCGUGCGUCGCCGACGAGGUGCUGGCGGGCGCCGGCAAGGUGGGCAUCAAGCUCAAGGACCCUCCGCAGGGCUACUUCGGCCCCAAGCUCCCUCCUUCGCUGGGCAACAAACCCGUUCUGCCCUUAAUUGGGAAGCUGCCGACCGUCCGGAAGCCGAACGCCAAGAGGUACGAGGAGUCCGGAAUGGAGAGGGGCGAGGAGCUGUCGGAUUCCGAGGGGGCGGAGGACGCGGCGCUGGGCGGGCAGCCGGCGCUGGGGGACGCGGCGCUGGGGCUGCAGGACGCGGCUCCCGAGGAGCAGAAGCGCGAGGAGGAGAUGCCGUCCGUUCCCAUGGAGGCCCCGGCGCUGCCCGAGUGCUUCGGCUCCGGGGACCUGGUGCUGCCCCACGCCUUCCUCGCGGCCCCGGGCGACGGCGAGGCGCUGGAGCCCAUGGACGGGGGCGGCCAGCCCGUGCCCGUGGACGCGGCCAUGAUGCCGCUGGUCCCCGACGUGGAGCGCUUCCCCGGCUACGUGCCGCAGGGCGGCGAGCCCGGCGUGGAGGGGGACCGCGAGGGAGGGGAGGACUCCUCGCUCGCGCCGCUGGAGAGCCAGCCCAUCACCUUCACGCCCGAGGAGAUGGAGAAGUACAGCAAGCUGCAGCAGGCGGCCCAGCAGCACAUCCAGCAGCAGCUCCUGGCCAAGCAGGUCAAGGCUUUCCCCGCCUCGGCCGCGCUGGCCCCCGCGGCGCCCGCCCUGCAGCCCAUCCACAUCCCGCAGCCGGCGGCCGCCUCGGCCACGUCCAUCACCACGGUGCAGCACGCCAUCCUGCAGCACCACGCCGCCGCCGCCGCCGCCGCCAUCGGCAUCCACCCCCACCCCCACCCGCAGCCCCUCGCUCAGGUGCACCACAUCCCCCAGCCCCACCUGGCGCCCAUCUCCUUGUCCCACCUCACCCACUCCAUCAUCCCGGGCCACCCCGCCACCUUCCUCACCAGCCACCCCAUUCACAUCAUUCCGGCCUCGGCCAUCCACCCGGGCCCCUUCACCUUCCACCCCGUGCCCCACGCGCUCUACCCCACGCUCCUGGCCCCGCGUCCCGCCGCCGCCGCCGCCGCCACGGCGCUGCACCUUCACCCUUUGCUGCACCCCAUCUUCUCAGGGCAGGACUUGCAGCACCCCCCGAGCCACGGCACCUGAAGGGCGGGCGCGGAGCUGCCGGGGGAAGGGCGCUGCGCUCGGGGGCGAAGCUGGCCCGGCCCGAAGGCGAGGACGGGAUUUCACCUUCACUCUCGAGCAGCCAAAGAAACGCGGAGGGGUCGGCGCGUGCGGGGCGCUCCGGUGGG